GCACAGUGUCUCGGGAGAUGCCAAGACUGGUGGACGGAUGCAGAGCCCUUCACGGAAGUAGCACGAGAACUCAAGCGGUUGAAACAAGCGGAUCUGAUUUCUCAGAUGCUCGUUGCGAUUCGCAAAGACGGCCGGACGAAUCUGGGUGUUGAGGCCUACAACCUGGGUAUCAGGGCUGCGGCGAAGACGGGACAGUGGCAGCUGGCCUUGCACUUGCUCCGCUUGCUCCCCGAUGUCCAACUGGCACCUAACGUGGUCAGCUACAAUGCCACAAUCAGCUCCUGCAAGAAAGAGGGACGAUGGCAGCUGGGGCUGCACCUGUUUCGCAGCAUGAUGAAGUCAGCGACUUCCCCGAAUCUGAUCACUUUCAACGCCGCAAUUGGCUCCUGUGAGAAGAACGGCCAGUGGCAACAGGCUUUGCAUCUUUUUCAUCUCAUACCUCUUGUCAACCUGACGCCGGACAACAUCAGCUUCACUAGGGUCAUCAGUUCCUGCGAGAAGGGCGGAGAGUGGCUCUCGGCGCUGCAACUCUUUGCGCAUCUGCCUGUCGCCAGCCUAACCCCGGAUGUGAUCAGCUACAAUGCUGUAAUUAGCUCCUGUGCAAGGGCUGGAUGUUGGCAGAGAGCUCUUCAUCUUCUUGUCUGCAUGCCUGGUGAAGCGCUAUCACCGGAUGUCAUUAGCUUUAAUGCGGCUCUGAGUUCGUGCGAGAAGGCAGAACAGUGGAGAAUAGCUUUGCAGCUCUUUGACUCGAUCUCCCAGUCGCAUCUCAUUCCAGAUGUUGUAAGCUUUAGUGAUGCCAUGGGGUCCUGCCACAAGUCCACGCAGUGGCAGCGAGGCCUCGUGCUAUUUGCAUCUAUGGCCCAAGCUGGGGUGCCUCCGGACCUCAUCUGCUACAAUGCUGCCAUCAGCUGCUGUGCAAAGGGUGCGCAGUGGCAGAUCGCCUUGCAACUCUUCGAUGCGAUGGGCCAAUCGGGAGAACAAAAGCCGUUGGGGCAUGUUGGGAUCCUCUUAUCCUAG